AUGCCCAUCAGCAAGAAAGACCGUAUCCACCGCGAGCACAAAAAAGCAGAAGCGGCCGGCACCCGAAUUCCCGUCAACCCCAACGGCACACCGGUGAAGGCGAAGAAAGAAAUGUCGAUCUGUGCUUUCUGCCGCAAGGAGCUGGCGAGGGACAACAAGAAGAUCCUUGAGCAGCAUGCCGAGACGCACAACGAGCAGUGGCCGAAGGAGAAGUGCUGGCCUAACGACUUUUCGUAG